ACGUUAUCGAUUUUGUUAGAUGUUUGUUUUGGUUACGAUGUGGGAAAAUGGCGACAGCCAGAUACCAUUGACAAGAGAGUUAAGACCUAAUAAUUGAAACCUAUGAGACUAAGGCAUGGCUAAUCUAGCUGUCCAUGAGAAGGCAGUACAUGAUGGCAGUGAUUUAGCUAAACUUUUUCAAGGUACACAUGAGGUACAAGAAUGCCAGCCAGGGGAAGGGGAGCCAACUCUAGCUCAGUACAAGACAAACUGCAGGAAAAAUCCUGGCCACGCUGGGUUUAUCGCAGUAAACAACUUUGCCAUCAGCCACCUGCCUUCUGGUUACCAUGACAACGACAUAGCUCAGCUGAUCUCAUGCCUAGCUGACUUAACUGUGAAGAUUACAGUUAACUUUAACAGCCUGGAGAGGCCGAAGCACCUCCCAGGGAACGAUGGCGUGUACCCUGGGUAUGGGAUGAGAGGAAGAAACUCAUUGAGGACAGGGACGGGGAGGGUGUGGCGAGCCAUCAAAUACACAGAGCUUGUCAAGACUUGUCCGUGUCCAACGUGUCAAAGUUCAGACACACCCAGCAAGGUGUGGGGGGAGGUUGAGGUCGUGACCUCCAGUCAUGUGAUAUUUGACGAGAGCGAGGCCAAGCAGUCCAGAUGUAGGCUGUGGUACAACGACGACAACUCUCCGCUGGUCACCCUGGAUGGGUUUAGGGUGGACAAGUGGGGGUCAGGUGCUGUGGAUGGCUGCAGGCUGUGCUGUGUGACGCAUGACUUAAAGCUGGCAGACAAGCUGCAAGAGAUGGUCAACCAGUUUGAUGAUCUGAGGUACACUUUAAAAAACAAAUACAAGAACACGGAAAACAAGCUGACGGUUCUUGUUUCACAUCCUCACGGCUGCUCUAAACUGAUCUCUGUAGGUCACUGGGUGCACAGGCAGGGCAACAAGGCCAGCAGGUACACAUACACCAACUGCACAUGUCCAGGUAGUGGUGGCGCUACCGUCUACAGGCUGGGGUGCGGGUCAUCAGAGCACUCCCAUAUUGGGACCAACUCGGAUGGUCUCAGUUUUUGUGGUGCACAUUUAGACUAGGUUGUUAAUGGCCUGGGAUGGCGUAGGAAAUGGGCUGUUGCCAACAUAAAUUUUUGUGGUGCACAUUUAGACUAGGUUGUUAAUGGCCUGGGAUGGUGAAGAAAUGGGCUGUUGCCAACAUGAAUAUUUUUUUAUGUAUGUCUGAGACAGAGUAGCCAAAUGGUAGAGAUACAACUGCUAACACCAAAAGUACCAAGUUUGAAUCUGGGAUCAAGAAUGUAGAACGUCCCUGAGUCCACCCAGCUCUGAUGGGUACCUCACUCACAUUAGGGAAAGUAAAGGCGGCUGGGCAUAGUGUUGACCAUACCAUCCCUUCACAUGCAAAGGUCACAGAAACAGGUGAACUCUACUUCACUUGCCCCAUGGACCAUCAGGUUCGAAGCGGAACUUUACUUUUUUUUUUACUUACUUUGAGACCACACAUCUGGGCAUUGUUCUUAAUGUCUAGGUCAAGUUUGGGUCCUGGCUAAAUGGAUAGGGCAUCAUUGAGUCCUCAUAACUAGUACCAGUACCAGACUCAAGUCAGGGAAAGUAAAGACAGGCCACUUAAUCCCAUUAUAUGUAUGAGGUUCUAGAAACAGAUGACUUUUAGUCUAAUUUUGUACUGUCCAACUUGUUUAAACUGUAUCCUAGCAACCACAUCUCUAGCUUUGCAGAGAUUGUCAAAGCGAGUUACCUGCUCAUUUA